AGUUUUAGCUGGUGUGGCUCCAAAUCAAACACGAUGAUCACUGAUCAACGAAAGGAUUUUCUUUCUUCUUCUCUAAUGUCUUUAUAGCAUACCCCUGAGACACAGAGAUUAGUUGAAAAUACAAACCAAAAUUUUGGCAGCUAAAGCAAUGGAGGUGUUAUGCAGGGCCACUGCUUUAACAUGGACUCACUCCAUCUCUCCUCCUUUCCUUCACAUUCCUCAAGCCUUCUCUAAGCUUGAUACGAGGAGAUUAACUGUAUCGUGUGCCUCUGAUAAAACCCAAAAGGGAAGUCAGAUGACUGUAUCGGUAACAGGAGCUACAGGUUUUAUAGGUAGAAGAUUGGUGCAAAGACUGCAUGCAGAUAACCACUAUAUUCAUGUCUUGACACGUUCCAGAUCUAAAGCAGAGUUAAUAUUUCCGGUCAAGGACUUCCCUAGAAUUGUGAUCGCCGAGGAGCCAAAAUGGAAAGACAGCAUUCAAGGUUCAAAUGCUGUUGUAAAUUUGGCUGGAAUGCCCAUCAAUACAAGAUGGUCUCCUGAGAUAAAGAAAGAGAUUAAAAAAAGCAGGAUCAGAGUCACCUCAAAGGUUAUAGAUUUAAUAAAUGAUUCACCAGAUGAAAUUCGGCCUACAGUUCUGGUCAGUGCAACAGCUGUCGGUUACUACGGAAGUAGUGAAACACAAGUAUUUGAUGAGCGCAGUCCAUCUGGAAAUGACUACUUGGCUGAGGUCUGUAGAGAAUGGGAAGCAACAGCCCUUAAAGUCAAUAAGGAUGUGAGAUUAGCACUUAUUCGCAUUGGUGUUGUUCUUGGAAAAGAUGGGGGUGCUUUAGCAAAAAUGAUCCCUCUCUUCAUGAUGUUUGCUGGUGGACCUGUGGGCUCAGGACGACAAUGGUUUUCUUGGAUUCACUUGGAUGACAUAGUAAACCUAAUCUAUGAAGCUUUAUCAAAUCCUUCUUAUAAAGGAGUAAUCAAUGGAACUGCACCAAAUCCUGUUCGAUUGGCAGAGAUGUGUGAACAACUGGGAAAUGUCCUAGGCCGGCCCUCAUGGCUACCUGUACCAGACUUUGCCCUCAAAGCAGUCCUUGGAGAAGGUGCUUCUGUGGUUUUGGACGGACAAAAAGUGCUUCCUACAAGAGCCAGGGAGUUGGGUUUCCAGUUUCAAUAUCCCUAUGUGAAAGACGCACUUAAAACCAUCCUCUCAUGAGAAGGCAUACAUGUGCAACAACUGUAUAUUUUUUUUGUUUAUUCUGUGUUUGAAGAUCAAACGUCUUCCAUCAUGAGAGGCAAGGAUGCAGAAUUCAGACCCCAGUCUGAAACUUGCUAUCUAUAUAGAAGCUACCAUUUUUUUUCCCUCUCUUCUUUUUCUUUUUGGUCCUGUAUAAUUUUUCUUUCAAUACAGUUUGCUCCGACUGAGACUCGAACUCGAAACCUCAUAGUCCUAGAAACAAUUUCAGUAUUACUGAAUUAAAACUCAUUGUGUAAGUUAGAUAUUCUUUUGUAAUGUUUGAUUAUUAAUGUUUUCGGUUAA